GUGGCUUCCCUUCAAAAUACAGACUCAUAAUGCAUGUCUUCAUCCACAUUGAUUGUGUGCAGGCACCUUCAUAUGUUUGUAAGUCAUGUGGUGAGGUAUUUCCCACUGAUGACUGCCUGAAAGAACAUUUUAGAAUGAGUGAGGGCGACCAAGCAUUAUCUGCUGCCAACAGUGAGAAACCUGAAUGUGGUGAUGACCGUGAAAACAAUAUCUCCUUGGAGUGUGUACGAGAAGGAAUCGUGGAACAGGCUGAGAAGAAAUCUUCAUCCACGGAAACCAAGAAAACUUUAAAGAAAUCCUUUAAUGACAUACAUAAUACAGAGCUCUGUACACAAUUCUGAGGUAGUGAAGAUUAAUUUUAUGCCUCAAAUCUUUUAAUUAUUUGUCUAUUUUAAAUAUCAUGUAACUACUGUACAAACAUCAGUGGGAAAACUGUCAUCAUGUAGUGUCAGAUAAUAAUUCCAAUUGUUUGUAUAAACAAGGACUGUUGAAAGAACUGUGUGGUUACUAGAAUAUGAAUUUAAU